AUGAUUUUGCAUUCACGGGGGAGAGAACUGUAUGUAAACAGUACGUGUCUCUCCCCUGUCAACUCCUGCACACUGCUUUGUAUGGCUUUGCAUAGCAGAACCACACAAAGUAGUGUGCUUACAGUUCAAAGCACAGACACAGCUUACUGUGAAACCCUUUGAUCGCCCCACAUGUUAACCCCUUCCUGCCCAGUGCCAUUAGUACAGUGUCAGUGCUUUUUAUUAGCACUGAUCGCUGUAUUGGUGUCACUGGGGAUGUCAGUGACACCAAGUCAGUUCCCCCCAGU